AUGCCAAAUUCAGCUGGUCUGAUGAAUUUACAGGUUGCUCUUUAUCCCGUUGUCGAAGGGUUAGCUCCUCUAACCUUAAGCGACAACACUAUUGCGGCUCUCUGUCAUGAACUUGAGCAAAUACUCAAUUCACCUUUGAGGUCCACUGCCCAACUACACUCCUUAUUGGAUGCAUACAAAUCUCGAAUACAAAACACUCCUGAGAAUCAAUUGAGAUGGCAAAAGCUGCUGAACGUGAUGCAAGUUUUGUUAGAAGUGAAUGAUCAGAGAGAGAUCAUACGGUAUCUCUCCGCGUUUCAGUCGAUGCUGAUAGAUGAAAUAGCGCCAAGACCAGCGAAUUUAUUGGGCAGAGAGGAUUCUCCGCUAACGUUGAAGGGGUUGGAAAAUCAUAACGGUUUAUUAAGUCCUUUGCGACCCGUCAGCCUACAGGCAGACUCCUUCGAAAACUUGGAGAGACUAUCGAACCGCCGUUCGUUGGUUUCCUCAUACAAAGAUUACGGUGUUCAUAGAUCAGCUACGUUACAUGCAUUGAGCGAACCUUAUUAUUCGAAAAUGGUUCCGGAAGCCGAAAUUCUAAGAUUCGUUCCCUAUACACUACUGGCAACAACUUCUGAUUUAUUCCCCUUAAAGUUAAACAGAGUGGAUAUACCGAGCAAUAUUUCGAACACAGUAAGCGGUCUUUUGCAUUUGAUCUUUGAAGCAGGUCUUUUAUACCAGGAGCUGAAACGCAUGGUAGAUCAAUAUAGGAACUCAGACAUUUCUCCUUUGAAAAAGGCCCUCAUAAUUCAGAUUGAUAAAGUUUUGAGAACCUAUAGUGGGUUUGUCAAUUCACUUGCCGUGUCAGGCAAAGCGAUGUCUCUUUUGUCAGUAUAUUACGAGAUUUACGAUCAUAUUGUAACACUGCGAUUUUUUGAAGGUUUCACAAAGAAUUUCGAGAAAACAUCUGGUGAUUCCUAUCUGAUGAUAUCUAAGUCACUAGUCUUCCAUGGCGAUCUGCAUAUAAGGCGCUUGACUUGUGAUCUGUCGGAAAAUUUGCUUUCCUUAUAUUCGGAGUAUCUGCUUAAUUGGCUGACUCUUGCAAAGUUAGAUGCCACGAACGAUGAGUUCUUUAUUGAACGAAUUGAUGCAAGCAAUGAGCUUUCUGUGCGGCUGAAUUUGACAAAAGUGCCAGAUUUCAUACCGAAAGGUAUCGCUUCCAAAAUUUUUGUCAUAGGCAAGACUCUCAUCUUUUUGGGGAAAUAUUGUAAAGAGCUCCAAUGCGUUAGCGAUCUGUCUCGAAAAUAUAGGAACCUCUACGAGCAGAAAAAUGGCAAACUGUCUUCCGAAUUCCACGAGGUUGUUCACAGGCAUUAUAAUGAAGUCACGAAAAAGACUGUAGACGUCUUAAUGCGAAAGUUCAAUUAUAAGAAAGUAGUUUUUGUUCUAAAAGACAUAUUACUCAUGGGCAGAAGCGACCUGAUAGAUUUACUAAUAAGAAAGGCAAGUGCGAUACUAGGUGCCCCAUCUGCCUCUCUGUCGAGCUACGAGCUUACACGCUUUCUGCAGGAGUCAGUCCAGCAAUCCUCGCUAAGGAAUUUACUUGGCAGAGCUGACUCCAAUCAUGUUAUUGGCGGCCUCGACGCUAGAGUGCUCGACCUCGGGCAUGGUUCCGUAGGUUGGGAUGUUUUUACACUAGACUACCUGCUUGACGGGCCGCUGACUGUUGUGCUGAAUGUUAACCGAGCAGAUGGAAAUAAGGAAUAUUUGCGUAUCUUCAACUUUCUGUGGAGAUUUAAGAAAAACACCUACUUUUACAAUAAUGAGUGGCUUCGAACGAAUCAAGUUCUUAGAGAUUUUAAAAAGCUCGCGCAAAGCAGUCCACUUGUUAGGGAUCUUUCAAACAAGCUAUCCAAAGCGGACGUACUGCGAUGCCUGCUACAGCAGUUUAAUUCAAAACUUGAGAAUUACUGCUUCAGAAGUAUUAUUGAUGAAAACUUCAGAAAGUUCGAUGGCAUCCUGUCGUUGACCAAAACAGUCAAUGAUAGUCACAAAUUUCCAACUGUACGGCUUAAAAGCGGUAUCUUGAUGCUUGAUGGUAUCUUGAGGCCAAAAAAAAGUGUCUUUGAUGGGCAGGAACAAACCAAACAGACCACAAGGUUGUUUAACAUUGACGAACUGGAUAAGAUGCAUAAUGAGUUUUUGAACUCUAUUCUCUCACACCAAUUACUCGCUUUUGGCCCCAAUCACAGGGUUGGCAUGUAUUCUGGACAGCCAUACCCAACUUCGUUGAUACUUAUUCUAAACUUGAUAUUUGAGUUUAUUCAUUGUUAUGCCUUAUUGAAUAACGCCGCUCAUGAGAUAUUGAUUCAAAUGAAUCUACGAGGGGAACCGCAACUGCUGAAUAACUUACUGGUACAGUUCAACUCUUGUUUGAAGAACAUGGUGGCUGUCUACAAGAGUUUCAAGGAGUCAUCUUAUUUGUUUAUUAAAGAUUUGAGAACCGACGGAGACGAUGAGCUGGCUAAAUUAGGUACGGUACUACGUUAG